AUGGCGACCGAUAAAACGAAACCCUACUUCCCACUGUCCGUCGCACAAGACGGCUGGACAACAGAAGAAGAAGCAACAGCGACUUGUUUCUGCGGUGCCGUCCAGCUAGCAUUCCCAACCCAAGGUCCCGGUCUCGUCAACACGUUCGUGUGCAACUGUGCGGACUGCCGCAAAGUCACAGCGUCCAUGUUCGCAUCCAAUUUCACCGUCGACGACAAAUACCUGAAGCACCUUCGUGGCCAGGACAACCUCAGCAGCUGGGGCCAGGCCAAGACGGUCGCGUCGGGCAACAAGAUGACCAACUAUUUCUGCUCGACGUGCGGCACCCUUAUGUACCGUGUGUCUUCCGGCGCGCCCGGGACGAGCAUCCUGCGCAUCGGCACCGUCGAUGACUUCAACCUGCACGAGACCAAGCUGAAGCCCCAGAAAGAGUUCUUUAUCGAGAGCCGGGUGGCCUGGCUGUCGGGAGUUGAGGGGGCGAAGCAGGUGGAGGGGUUUAAGCCGUGA